AUGGAGGUCGCGUGGAGUCAGCUGCGGGAGGAGGCACGGCGCCUAGCGCAGGACAUUGGUCAGUCCGGGCGCGAGCAUCACUCGCUAGCCAACAGUCGCGCCGUAUGGGACGCUAUCCGGGUGCACGGUGUGCCACGGGAGCACCGCGAGUGGGUCUGGCCCAUUCUACUGCAUGACCAGAGCAUGAAACUGCAGCGACAAGAGACAGAGAGCGGCGCUUCCUACAGCCAAUUAAUACGCGGUAUAACAGAGGAUAUACAGGAGACAGACUCCAGCAGUUCGCUGGAGCAGGCACAGGAGGAGGCUAUGGAGAGGUUCCAUCACCUCAAUCCCUUCCAGGAACGCAAGAUUCGGCGCAUUUUGCUGGCCUAUGCCAAGUCCAAGGACGCCUUCUACUAUUGCCACGGGAUGGUCGAGUCUUGUGUCGUGCUCAGCACGUUUCUCGUAGAGGAGGACGCCUUCUGGGGCUUUCGCAUGCUACUGGAGAUGCUACUGCCCAAAUACUUUGACGAGUCCGUCGUGGAUUUCCAUACGGACUGUCUAGUGCUGCAGGAACUUCUACGUGUGCAUGACCCUGCUCUUAGUGAUCACUUUGCUCUGCUGGGCGUGUCCAUCCAACUGCUGUGCACCAAGUGGUUCUUCUCCUUCUUUGCCGAAUCCAUGCCGUUUGAAGUCGUGUGCCGCCUGUACGACAUCAUGUUUGUGGACAUUUGCAGUCGGCAAUUGGGCUCCAAGAUCGUUUUCUCGACGUCAUUGUCGGUGUUAUUGUAUCUGAGCUCGACGUUGGUGGAGAUUCAGGAUGUGAACGUGGUGCUCGACGUUAUUAACGAAUUUUGCUGGACGACGCUGAACGAAUACUCGGUGGCGGAGUCGUUCCUGGACCUUAUUAAUUUUAUGCAUGAGCAAAUUAAUGACGAGCAACUCGCAGCAAUGCGCCAAAAGUAUAGAGCACAGUUAGCAGAGGAAGAAGAGCAGCGGAAGACCUUACAGCGGAGAAUUCAGACAAAGAAAAGCAGCAAGAAACUCAAACUGGAGAAGCAGGGAUCCUCAGAACAACAGGAUCAUCCGCGUAAGGGCAGAAUUCACAGUAUCAAGUUACUCAUCCAGUGGAGAAAGCACAUGGUCGAUAACUCGGAUGCUUCUUUGGGCCAAGCAAGGAAAAGGAAUAGCAGCAGGGUAAGUAAUAGCGACUCCAGCGAGAAGAACCGUUGUGGCCGCAACAGUAGAACACGCAGUCGAGAACAAGAGAGCUCUUCAUCUAGUAGCGACGAGGAGAGUCGGAGCGACAAUGGAGAAGCAGGACUUGAGAUCGUUACGACGCCGUCGGAGAAGGAAAUGUUGGCCAGAGUGUACCAAGGAAUCAGCAAGAUUAAUCGUCGACGAUCGCGGUCACGGACAUCGUCAUCGAUGCGCAGCUUUUCAUUGCGAGGAGCCGACGGAGCGCUUAAUUCGCUUUCAUCUCGCAGUUUGUCCUUAUCGAACUCGAUUCUCAGUACUACGUCGUCAACGAAAGAGGGCGACGAUGUUAGUCAAGCUGGUGAUGGUGAUCCAGAAGACGAAGACGCAUUAUGGGAGCGUCUACGAGUGUCAGGCACCCCGAAAUCUGUUGUUCGACAUAGUAUGAGUGGUGUCCCAGAUGCCCAUCGGUCGUGGAUCUGGCCAAUUUUAAUUAACCAGCUCCCAGCGCCUCCAGAUUUGCCUCGAAAUCUCGCAGCGGUGAAAAAUGACGAUGAAGAAGCACUUUUAGACCGUGAAAUCGCCAAGUCAAUUGAGAAUGACAUCACGCGGACACGAAAUCUGCGCAACGACCAAGUAAUUCCGAUGCGUCGGGUGCUCACAGCGUUUGCUAAUCGCAAUCGCCGCGUUGGAUAUUGCCAGGGCAUGAAUGAGAUCUUGGUGGUUCUACUGCAGUACUUGGACGAGGACCAGGCGCUUCGAGCGCUCAUUUUGCUGAUUGAAGUGCUCCUUCCCGCCUACCACGUGGACUCGAUGAUUGGACUGCACACCGACUGCGCGGUCAUGAACACGCUAUUACGCCAAAAUGACACUGAGUUGCAUUCCCAUCUCAACGAGCUGGGGCUGAACAUGGAGAUCCUGUGCACCAAGUGGCUUGUGACGUGCUUUCUCACGUCACUUCCGAGUUUUUGUGGCCUCAAAGUGAUUGACAUGCUACUGGCCCGCGCCAAAGAGAAACAGCGUGCAUCUCGCGUACUUCUUGGGGUGGGAAUCUCGAUUUUCUUUACUCUGCGCGAAACCCUGUUGGAUGCCAAGGACGCUGGAGAGGUGCUGUUGGCGAUCAACGAGUAUUUUGCGCGUGAGAUGACCAAGACGACGGUCGAGAUGGACAAAUUCCUUCACUUCUGUCUGAUUAUCACGGAUCAACUGGAACCUGACAUUGUUGAGGAGUUCCGGUUGGUCCACAAGGACGAAGUGAUGGAGCGGUUUGCUGCAUUUGAAGCCAAGAAAAUUGAGAUGCGACAGCAACUGGAAGAAGCAAAAGCCAAACAGCGAAAAGUGGCCAGUGCACCGCCGUCGCCUUCAAAAACGGAGCGUUUAUCUACGCUGUCAGCAUCAAGCAUCAUGUCGGGCAAGUCAAACGGCAACAACCGGAUAUCCGGGUUGUCGUCAUAUAUUAGCAACCCUCUGCGUAGCAGUGGAGGCAGCAAAACAACCACAGCAGGUGCAGGAGACGACAAGGAAAGCCAUAAGCGGUACCAGCGUGUCGACGUCCUGCAAGCUCACCACAGCUUCAGCGAGGAUUUAGAGAAGAUGGAAGACCAGCUGGAAGAUCUGGCGGAUUUAUUUCUCCGCGGGAAGAUCGACGAAAAGGAACACUCGUGCAUUCGAGCGCAGAUUGUUCGGAAAUGGUGCAAAGGCAUGAAUUCCCCGCAGUCCGCAAUGGUUCGAGUGCAGUGUGUAAAACACACGUACGGCGAACGUAGCGGUGAAGGAUUUUCGAACACUGCGCCAGGUUUACUAGAAGGUCCAGUGCGAAAUAGCUUCACUGGGGAAGCAGAGGGAGCUCAUCGCGGGAGAAAAGGAUCGAUCUCGCUUUAUGGGCGCAUGAAGAAGGCCCAGAAAAGUGCGCUCGCCAUAUUUAAAUCAACCUUUGAAUGA